AAAUUUCCAUCUUUCUUUUCCCUCCCCUCCCCCCUUUCCCUUGCUGAGUGAAAUCCAUGUCACUAUACAUCUCCACGACCGGCAAUGGCCGGCGCUCCCACCCUUCGUGUCACCGUCUCCUUCCUUGAGUCCUUGACCUCAGCGGCUCCGGCCCUCCGUCUCCCUCCCUGACCUCCAUCCCUUCCUGCUGCCGGGCCCCCUAUGCUACACACGGCCGGAGUCCUGCGAUUUGUUUCUAUUCUUCUUCUUCGUCUUCAGUCUUCUCUGGUCAUACGUAGUUUGUUCGUAGCUAUUUCUGUUUCAAUGAGACCCAAUUUUGAUUUCCAAGCUCCAUGGGGGUGAAGAAUGGCGAAAUGGGGGCUUGAGAUUGGAUACUGUUCCUUGAGGGUAGGAGCCGAUGAAUAUGUCUCUGAGGACUUUCAUCAAACAGUUCUCGCGCAGGGUAUACUCUUUCAAUCCCUUGCCUCUCGCCCGGACUCUUGCUUCACUGUCAAUGCUUGCCCCUCCAAGGCACCAGAAGCAAGUUGUUCAGGACCCCUAUUCUCUCCUCAAAGAAGACCCAAUUCAGAUAGUCUCCUCCUUGUGGGUCAAAUCCUUCUCUUCACCUCCUGACACUGCGUUCCCGAACCUCACCGGCUUCCUCACCAAGUUCGAUCUUUGGGUCCUUGCGUACCAGCGGGCCUGUGCUCACUUCACAGGCACGUUCCCUCCUCGGAAUGCCAUCCACUUGCAGACCCUUUGCGCCCUUCUGUCUCUUCGGGACUCGGUCCUCCACCACCAGUUCUCGUGGAACGACAAAACCCAACCGCUCAUUCGAAGCCCAUACGAUAAACAUGACAAGAAACCCAUUUCCAAGACCAAGCUCAGGGCCCUUUUGGAAUCCGAUGAACCGUGUUUCCAGGAUAGGGUAGUUCAGGAGGUCCUGUUGAUGGUUCUCGAACCGUUUUUUGAGGCUCGGUUCUCUGCCAAGUCUCAUGCGUUCCGACCUGGGAGGAGUGCCCACACAGUCAUUAGGACUAUCAGGAGCAAUUUUGCCGGGUAUUUGUGGUUCUUGAGAGCAGAUAUGUCCGAGAUUCUUGAGAAAGUGGACUCGAUGGUGGUGAUGAGUUGUUUGGAGAAAGCUAUCAAGGAUAGAAGAGUACUGACUUUGAUCAAUUCCGCUCUGAGGGAACCAGUCAGAAUCCAGUUUCGUCGAGAUGCCAAUGAGAAAUUGAGAAGGAAGAAACGAGUGUCCACAAAGAAGAAGAUAUUGAAUGAGCAUGAGCCAAAACCAGAUCCAUAUUGGCUUCGUACGUUCUUUGAGUUUGCACCCGAAGAGGCUGCUAAGGUGCCCAGUUACGGGUCUUGCGGCAUUUUGAGUCCUUUACUUGCUAACAUUUGCCUGAAUGAAUUGGACCAUAUGAUGGAGGAGAAGAUCGUUGAGUUUUUCAUGCCCUCUAAGCUUGAUUCAAUAUGGAAGACCUCGAUUAAUGAUGGGUCCCAUAAUCCAGCUUGGCCGGAGUUCGUACCAUCAAGUGGGAAAGAGAAGACAAGAAAGAUGGAUUACAUUCGUUACGGAGCCCAUUUCUUGGUUGGUAUUCGUGGGCCCAGAGACGCGGCUGUGCAAGUUAGGAGGGAAAUUGUUGAGUUUUGUGAGAGAGAGUUCGGGUUGAGGUUGGAUAACUCGAAGGUGGAGAUAGAGCACAUCAGCAGAGGAAUUCGGUUCUUGGAUCAUAUAAUUUGUCGCCGAGUUAUCCAUCCGACUCUAAGGUAUACAGCUUCUGGGGGAAAUAUCAUGAGUGAGAAAGGUGUGGGGACUCUUCUCUCAGUUACCGCUUGUCUUCAACAGUGCAUUCGCCAGUUCAGGAAGCUUGAGCUCCUCAAGGGUGAUAAGGAUCCAGAGCCUCUGCCUUGUAAUCCGAUGCUGUACUCGAGUCAAGCGCACACGAAUGCUCAGAUGAAUAAGUUCCUUGAGACCAUUGCUGACUGGUACAGAUUUGCAGACAAUCGUAAAAAAGUUGUUGGCUUCUGUGCAUAUAUUGUUCGAAGCUCUCUUGCUAAAUUAUAUGCUGCUAGGUACAGACUAAAAUCUCGUGCUAAAGUGUAUAAGAUUGCUUCACGCAAUCUAAGCCGUCCAUUGAAGGAGAGCAGUAACAAUUCUGCCCCAGAAUAUUCAGAUCUUUUGAGGAUGGGACUGGUUGAUGCAAUUGAAGGAGUUCAAUUUUCACACAUGUCCCUAAUUCCUUCAUGUGAUUACACUCCAUUUCCUAGGAACUGGGUCCCAGACCAUGAGAGGGUCUUGAGGGAGUAUAUCAAAUUGGAGGACCCAAAGGUCUUCUGUAAUCUGCGAAGGGAAAUCAAGAAUCGGGGUCUGAGUGUGCCUCAAGAGGAGAUCUCUGAUAUCGUCUGGGAUUAUAAGGUUAAUGGGGUACGACGCCAUCAGUUUGAUGAUGAAGGUAUUAUUACCCUUAGAGACCCAGUUGAUUACAUGAGGAAAUCCAGCUGAUUGCGUGGAGGGUUAAAGCUGUGCUCUACUAAGGAGAGUUCACUGGCGUGGGUCCUGCAGUAAGUAAUGGUCAUUUCAGCUCCUUGUAUAUGUACCUGUGAAUAAGCAUGCUUAUUUACGUAAUCACUAAUUUAAUUUUACUUAAUAACUUGCAUUUAUUCAUAACCUCUUUGUUAGGCA